GGACAUGUCGACAUCCACAAGCAGCCCCAACCCCCCCAGGAUCUUAGCUUAGAAAAGCAAACAUUAAGACAGGAUGAAGGAGGAGAUGUGUGUGUAAGAGGAAACAUAACAAGCAAACAGCCUACAGACGGGGAAGCAGAGGCGAUGUCUAAAGACUGGCAUGCUGAGAGGUGUGUGAGAAGGAGGCUAAGCAGGAACACAGAAGCCACUGGACAAGAGUCUUCAGAGUCCUCCAAAGGGAUCCUGUGGAUAAUUCUGUCCUGCCCCUCCCUCUUCUGCCAUGGACAAUUUCAACUUCACCACCACAGUGGCUGCUUGGGAAGAGAAUUCAACCACCUCUGGAACAGCCUUUCUUUCUGGAAAUUUAUCCCUAGCUUCUAGUCUGGGCCUGGAUAUUAGUGGUGUCCUUAUUCCCCUGGUAUAUCUCAUUGUCUGUGUCAUAGGACUAGCUGGAAAUUCUCUAGUCAUUUAUGUGGUUUUGUGCCAUUCAGUGAGUGAAUCAGUGACUAAUAUCUACAUCUUCAACUUGGCACUGGCAGAUGAACUCUUUAUGCUUGGCCUACCCUUCUUGGCAGCACAAAAUGCUUUAUCAUAUUGGCCUUUUGGCUCAUUCAUGUGCCGCCUAGUAAUGGCUGUGGAUGCCAUAAACCAGUUUACUAGUAUUUUCUGCCUCACUGUAAUGAGCGUUGACCGCUAUCUGGCUGUGGUGCACCCUGGGAAAUCCUCAAAAUGGCGGACAGUCCGUGUGGCUAAGACUGUCAGUGCCACUGUAUGGGUACUCUCAUCUGUGGUGGUGCUGCCUGUGGUAGUGUUUUCAGAAGUCCCUCAUGGCAUGAGUACGUGCCACAUUAAAUGGCCUGAGCCUGCUUCAGUAUGGAAAGCUGGUUUCAUCAUCUACACAGCUACACUUGGCUUCUUUGGGCCACUGCUGGUUAUCUGCUUGUGUUACCUGCUUAUUGUUGUCAAGGUUCGUUCAUCAGGCAGAAAGGUGCGAGCACUGACAGCUAAACGCAAACGCUCUGAACGGAGGGUCACACGCAUGGUAGUAAUUGUGGUAGCAGUCUUUGUACUCUGUUGGCUGCCUUUCUAUAUGCUCAACAUCAUCAAUGUCAUCUGGACUUUGCCUGAGGAGCCAUCACUCUUUGGUAUUUACUUUCUGGUUGUUGUCCUGCCCUAUGCCAACAGUUGCACCAAUCCUAUCAUCUAUGGCUUCCUCUCCUACCGGUUCAAGCAAGGCUUUCGCAGAGCCAUCUUGAGACCCUCCCGUCGAGUGCAGAACCAAGAAGUAGCCAUGGCAACAACCGCAGAUAAUAUGGAAGAGGAAGAGGAGGAGGAGGAGGAGGAAGAAGAAGAAGAGGAAAUGUUGGCUAAAGUAAAGGAGAUCAGCAAGAUUACCCAAAAUGGCAAGGGAGGGCAGCAGGAAUGUGAACCUGCCAGUGAACCAGGAAGAGGCAGCGAACACAAGCCAGUUCCUGAAGAGCCCAUAAGUUGUGAGAAGCCCAACAUAGUCAACAUCAGCUGUUUAUAGUGACUGGGAACAGGAUCCCUCUAUCUUCUGAAAUCCCCUGGCAGAGACUCAUGUUUAAUAAUAAUUUUUUAAAAAAGGAUAAUUCAUAAAUUAAGGUGUUUUAUAGUAAUAACCAGUCCUGUGAUGUCUUUCUGAAGCAAGGUACUCUACUAACAUAACUUUUCCCACUAAACAGAAUAACUAAACAGAACUGUUAAUGGUAUUUCUGAGAGCAGGGGUGACCCAUCAUUAGCAUUAUGGUUAGAAGUAGGGAUAAAAUCUUCUUUGUUCUUUAUAAAAACUCAAGAGAUUGAUCAUUGGAAUUAAGUGCUAAGCAAUAGUUCAGCUAAACUGUCAGCCCUAUGAGGGAGACCAGACCUGGGAAUCAACUCCAUAGGAAGGCUAAAGCUACUUUUGUGACUGGCUACAAUAACAGAAGCUUGCAAGCCUGA